GCUUUUCAUCACUGUUGCCUGUCCCCAUAGCAAUUUAAUCAUAUAUAAGAAAAUUAUGGGAGAAGCAGGGGUAUAAAGAACAUCUACUUUUGCAGAUCCAUGAUAUUUUUUUUUUUUCCGCAAAAGAAAGCUCCUCUAGCCUCUUCAUCCUGAUUUGAGGCAAUGGCAUCUGAAGCUGGAAUACUGGAAUCCAUCUCAGAAAAGAAAGUGCAAGAUGAAACUGGAGAUUUAAGAUGUGCUCAAAUUCACAAUCCACCAGAAUACAUAAAUAAAGCACCGGAAGUUCUGAAGGAACAUUCAAAUGAAUCAGAAAUCAAGGGAGGUUUAACUGAUUCAGCUGCUUUGCAGAGCUCAGAGAUGAUUGGGCAAUACCCCCCUCAUGAAGCUGUCACAGCUAAAAGUGAAAGCAGCACUUUAUCUGAGUCAUCUAAGGAUCAAUCCUCACAUUCAGUUACUGUAGGGAUAAUAGAUAGCUCGGAGGGUGAAGUUUUUGUUGAAGCACCUCCCAGAGUUCAGAUUCACUUGGAAGAUAUCUGCAAUAGUUCCAAUGCUGGUAUAUACAGAGAGAACCCAAUUAAUAAAGAAAAGGAGAAGCUAGAGAGUGGAAACAUGCUGCUGAAGGAUCAAAAAGAUGAACUGGAAGAGGAAAAAGACGUGACCGUCCCAAAGAAUUCAUCAUCAGAGGCAAAUUUCACAGAUGCAAGUCUUCAUACUGCAGCUGUUACAGAUGUCCCUCUUAAAGAGAAAAUGCAGAGAAAUGAUUUUGGGAAUGAUAAUCCUGUCAAAAAUUCUGAUGAGCAUAUUUUUGAAUCAACUGGUGCUAAUCAGAAUACUGAAAAAGCUGAUGUUUUGGGUAAGGAAAAGACUUCAACUGGAAUCCAUGAAAACUCAGUAGUCGACCAAUACCGAGAUUUAGAGACCUUAGGGGAUAAAGUGGAUGAUAAGCAGCUUGAGAAAUCCAUCGAUUUGGAGCAUGAAAAGCAAGAUUUUGAAGCAAUCAAAGAUAAAAAGAAAUCAGAAACACAAGAAUCAACUGAAAAUUUAAGUGUAAAUCCAGAAAGAUUACCACUGCCAGAGGACUUGGGUGAAACAGGGUUACAGAAAGAGGAUGAAGAAAAUGAUAGAUUUGAUGAUUUAUCUGGCCCUCUAUCUGAAGAACAAUGUGACAAAGAUGAUCGAAGAGUAAGCAUGGAAAAUUGUCAUGAAAAAGAAGAUGUUAUAGGAAUUGUCCGUUCAAAUGAGACAUCCCGAAGUCAAAAUAUUGCUUCUGUGGAAGAUAAAGAAGAGAAGGUUGAAGAAUCCUCUUUUUUGGCAUCAGAAGAGAAGAUCCUCGAAUCACUAGAUACCACAGAAAAAGUCAGUGAAAUACAGUAUGGGAAGACCUCAGUUGAUGCAUCUGUCAAGGAAUUAUCCAAUCUGAAGUUAUCAGCAGAGGAAUCUGCACUGGAGCAUGAAAUGUCAUCAGAUAAAGCUAAUAAAGUAUGUUUUAAGGAACAAGAACCAAUUCAAAGAGCCAGGGUGAUAACAAUAGAAACAGAGACUUGCAAAGAAGAAACACAUACGGAAAUGGACCCUUGUAAAUGCACUUCACAGAUGAAAAAAGAACCAGAAGAAUCUAACUUCAUUGAAGACAGCAUGGCAGACAAGGAUGUUGAGUGCAGCGGUUCAGUUUCAACAGAGAAGAUCCCUGGAGCAAUUUAUGCAAGCAAAAAUAUAGAGAAUGAAGAUUUGGAUGAAUGCAAACAGGAUGGCCAGAUGGAUGCCUCCAUCUCAACAAAAACAGAAGUCCCAGGCAUCCAAAAUGACCAAGUGACUAUUAUGACUCAUAAAGAAACAUAUGCUGUGCUGUAUGAAGAGAAUGACCUUCAAGCAAAUGAUCCCAUGGAUGCUGGAGAUGAUUUGAAGAAAGGAGAGAAUUUAAAUGAACAGGCCAAAGCCAAAUCUGAAGAAGAGAAGUUCGAAGAGGUUUGCAGGGUUGUAGAAGCGCUUGAUACAAGAGAAACUGUAGCAACAGCAAUUUCUAUGGAUGAGCCCCAUGUUGUAUCAGCAGAGGAUAUAAUUCAAGAUCAAGAAACCACACAUUCAAGAAAUGAAAAGGAAAAUGAGAACCAAGAAGAAGAGGAAACCAAUUAUGGCAAUAUUGAUUCCUCUGCCUCUUCACUAUUAACAGAUGAGAUACAGUUACUGAAUGAAGAAAAAAAGGCGCAGAAGUUUGAAGAAAUAUCUGAGGUAGUGCUGGAUAAAGAUCAUUGUCAUGAAAAAGCGCUCAACCAGGAUUACUUGAAGGCCCAGACCACAGUGUAUGACAUGCUAGAGGUAUCAAAGACUCAAAAUGAGGAAGGUUCACAGGAACUCAAGGACAAAGAUGGAAUAAAUAUUGACAAAAUUGAAAGAGUUUUUGAAGAGAAGUAUGUUGAAGCAAUAGCUGAAACAAAACCAUCCAAUCGCAUAAAAGCUUCGGAAAAAGGACAUGCACAAGAAGCUGUAUCUGUAGAUAGUAAAGAGCACGCUGAUGAAACGAUCCAUGAUGGAACUUUAGGCCCUGAACAAAUAAAAGAUGAGACAGAUGGUGCUAAGCUUGAAACCGAUUCCAUUGUGGGGUCUAAGGAAGUUGAAGUAACUGAAGGAAUUGCAAAUACAGAAAAAGAAAAUAUAGACAGCAAGUCACCCAUGAACAUUGAAGAAAUCCCCAAGGAUGAUGAAGCAAUGUGUGGGAAUAUUGAAAAAGUAGCUGCUGAAUUGAUCCAUGAGCAUCAGACUAUAAUGACAAAUGAUUUGAGCGAGACUGGGAUUCCAAUUGAAAAGAAUGACAACUUGGAGGAAAAUGUUGGUGAUUUACCUGUUGCACACAAAUUGGAUGAAACCAUACAGGUCUGUGAAAACAUGGAUCACAUUAAACAAGAGCUGGAACCUGAAAAUGUUGAAAAGUAUUCAAAAUCAGCAGCUAGACAUCACAGUCAAAUGACUAUGGCUGAUACAGAAGCUACUGAUCUGGACAGCUCAGGAGAUGGAGUAAGCAUGGACAAAACACUCAGUGCUUCAUCCACCAUUCAAGCUUCUAUUGUGGGGAAUUCACAGAAAGUAACUGAUCCAGAAGAGGCUGAAGAGAAAAUAUGCAAAAAAGUCAAUGAGAAUAUAGGCCAUGAUAAACAUUUAGGAGAAUCUCGGGGAGAGGCUCAGAAGGAUAUCCAUAAAAAAAUUGAAGAUAACAAAAGGAUGGAAGAAAUUAUUCCUGGAGAUGAACAGAGAGAUAAGACAAAAGCAGGAAUGUUCUCAAAUGAGGAACAAAUGGAAGGUAAGAAACUUAAUAAAGGAGAUGAACUUAAACAAGGGAAGGAAACUAAUGAAGCUGUUGUGAAUAGAGAGAUCUGUCUAGAAGAGAAUCCAAUCAUAGAUGCUUCAGAAGAUGUCCAGAAGGAAGAAAAGUGGGGAAACAAGCUUGAGAAACCCUCUGAUGAGAUCUCUGUGAAAAUAAUCAUGGCUCAAGAUAGUGCUUCCAACAAAGACGAUUUGGAGAAAAAGAGCUCUCCAAAGGAGAAAGAAGAAAGCUCCCAAGAAAAGGGUGAAGUGGGUGUAACACUUGAGCAAACAAUAGAAAGAUUACAUACUGAAGAUCCGAAUAAUAAACCACAUUGUAAAGAUGAGAAGACUUCCAGCAUCAUUGGCAAAAAUGGUGAUGCUAAACCUGCAGGGGUGAAGGAUGAAGCUAGAAAUGACAGCAGUGUAAAUGAACUUAAACAAGGGAAGGAAACUAAUGAAACUAUUGUGAAUAGAGAGAUCUAUCUAGAAGAGAAUCCAAUUGUAGAUGCUCCAGAAAAUGUCCAGGAUGAUGACAAGUGGGGAAACAAGCUUGAAAAAUCCCUCUAUUUAGAGAAAAAAGGAUCUCCAGAGAAGAAAGAAGAAAGCUUCCGAGAAAAUGAAGAAGCAGGUGUAACACUUGAGCAAACAGUAGAUAAAUUGGAUGCUGAAGAUCCAAGUCAUAAACCACAUGAUAAAGAUGAAAAGACCUCCAGCAUCAUUGGUCAAAAUAGUGAUGCUGAACCUGCAAGGGUGAAGGAUGAAGCUCGAAAUGGCAGUAGUGUUAAUGAACUUAAACAAAGGAAGGAAACUGAUGAAGCCGUUGUGACUAGAGAUAUUUGUCUAGAAGAGAAUCCAAUUGUAGAUGCUCCUGAAAAUUUCCAGGAGGAUGACAAGUGGGGAAACAAGCUUGAGAAACCCUUUGAUGAGAUCUCUAUGAAAGUCAUCAUGGCUCAAGAUAAUGCUUCCAACAAAGAUGUGGAGAAAAAGGACUCUCCAGAGGAGAAAGAAGAAAGCUCGCAGGAAAAAGAUGAAGCAGCUGUAACACUUCAGCAAACAGUAAAUAGAUUGGAUACUGAAGAUCAGAGUCAUAAACCACAUGGUAAAGAUGAAAAGAAUGACUUAAAAUCUUUCAUGCAGACUUCUAGCAUCAUUAGUCAAAAUGGUGAUGCUGAACUUGCAAGGGUGAAGGACGAAGCUCAAAAUGAUACCAAUGUUGAUAAACUUAAACAAAGUAAGGAAACUAAUGAAGCUGUUGUGAACAAAGAUAUUUGUCCAGAAGAGAAUCCAAUUGUAGAUGCUCCAGAAAAUGUCAAGGAGGAUGAAAAGUUGGGAAACAAACUUGAGAAACCCUCUAAUGAGAUCUCUGUUAAAAUCAUCAUGGCUCAAGAUAGUGCUCCCAACAAAGAACAUUUGGAGAAAAAUGACUCUCUAGAGGAGAAAGAAGAAAGCUCACAGAAAAAGGGUGAAGUAGGUGUAACACUUGAGCAAACAAUAGAUAAAUCGGAUACUGAAGAUCCAAGUCAUAAACCACAUGGUAAAGAUGAAAAGACUUUCGGCAUCACUGGUCAAAAUAGCAAUGCUGAACAUACAAGAGUGAGGGAUGAAGCUCAAAAUGACAGCCAUGUUGAUCAAAUUAAACAAGAGAAGGAAACUAACGAAGCUGCUGUGAACAGAGAGAUUUGUCUAGAAGAGAAUCCAACUGUAAAUGCUCCAGAAAAUGUCCAGGAGGAUGACAAGUGGGGAAGCAAGCUUGAGAAAUCCUCUGAUGAGAUCUCUGUGAAAAUCAUGGCUCAAGAUAGUGCUUCCAACAAAGAAGAUAUAGAGAAAAAGAGCCCUUCAGAGGAGAAAGAAGAAAGCUCCCAGAAAAAAGGUGAAGCAGGUGUAACACUUAAGCAAAUAGUAGAUAGAUUGGAUACUGAAGAUCCGAGUCAUAAACCACAUGAUAAAGAUGAAAAGAUUUCCAGCAUCAUUGGUCAAAAUGAUGAUGCUGAACCUGCAAGGGUGAAGGAUGAAGCUCGAAAGGACACCAGUGUUGAUGAACUUAAACAAGGGAAGGAAACUAAUGAAGUUGUUGUGAACAAAGAGAUCUGUCUAGAAGAGAGUCCAAUUGUAGAUGCUUCAGAAAAUAUCCAGGAGAAUGACAAGUGGGGAAAUAAGCUUGAGAAAUCCUCUAAUGAGAUCUCUAUGAAAAUCAUCAUGGCUCAAGAUAGUGCUCCCAACAAAGAAGAUUUGGAGAAAAAGGACUCUCCAAAAGAGAAAGAAGAAAGCUCCCAGGAAAAGGGUGAAGCACCUGUAACACUUGAGCAAACAAUAGAUAAAUUGGAUACUGAAGAUCAGAGUCAUAAACCAGAUGAUAAAGAUGAAAAGGUUUUUGAGACGAUAAAUACGAAUGGUGACAAUGAAACGGCAAAGUCAAUGAAUGAGGAAUUUCUAGAAAAAAAUAUUAAGGAUGCUCUUGAUAGUCAUUCCUUGGCCACAGAAGAAAUACAUGAUCCAGCUGGGGAAAAGCUUGAAUCAGAAACCAUUAUUGAAUCUGAAGAACAAAUUCAUCACACUACCAGCAACAAGGACAACAUUGACACUGAUAUCUGCAAGGAAAAGGCAGACUCCAAUAGACUUGAUUUCAUAUCAGAAUCAGUACCUGAGGACCAAAGUGGGGAAUCAGAUACCCCCACAGUUGACAACUUAACAGAUGAUGAUAAGCUUAAGAUUCCUGCAACAGGUGAUUUGAAUGAUGACCAUGAAAAUGCAAAGGUGAAGUAUGAAAGCAUCCUAGAAAAGAGUAUGGACGCUAUUUCUGAUAGUCACGCAUUGGUCCUGGAAAAAACAUAUGGAAGAGUUGGUGAGAAGUACAAAGCCCUCAAUUCCAUGUCUGAAGAACAGAUUCAAGCUACCAAUACUGAAGAAAAUAAACAGGUUGCUGUCUACAAUGAAAACAUAGACAUUAAAAGGUUUGAAAUUGUUGUAAAAUCAGGGCCUAAGGACCAGAGUCCAGACAAAAUGACCGGCAAAAUUGCGAAGACACUUGAUAUGAUCAACGAUAAGGUCAAUCCUUUAUCCAAUUCACAAGCUUCGAUUGAGCAUACAUUACAGGAAGAAGAAAAUCCUACAGUUUAUGCUGAAACAACUGGAGUGCACAAAAGCACAGAACAUUCAAUAUCGGAGGAAGACAAAAGCUCGGACAGCAAAUCAUCAGGAUCAAGCCUAGACCGGAGUGCUGAAAGUUCAAUUUUGAAAGAAGAAACUAACAAUGAUGCAAUAUUAGGAUCAAGCUUGAAACAUAAUGUUAUAGAAAAUGCUUGUGAAUUGGAAUCUGAAGGAAAGCAACAUGAGGUACCAGAGGAAAAAGAAACUUCAGAUACAGUCCUUGAAGAAUCUCCUAGCAUGACGAGUGGUGCACUUGAAAGAUCUGUAGAAAAUUUGAAUGGAAAACAAAUGAUAUGGGAAAAGGAAGCAAGUGAGAAUAAAGACUCCUUGAGAACAGAAUGUGAAUUUGUUGAAGAAGGAUUCCAGGAAGACAAAGAAGAAACAAAGAUCGUGGACCAAGCAGCUGAAAGUGCAUACAGUGAUAAAAACAAUGAAACAAAUGAAGUAAAUGAUAGCACGAAAGUUGGAAUUACAAAUAAAGAGGUUGAGACAUCUGAUGAUGACAAAAGUCAUGAAGCAAGCUGCUCAGGCAAAGAGUAUAUAAUUAUCAAACUUCAGAGCAAAGAUAAUGAAAAUGCAAAUAUUAAGGAUGAGGAGAGCACAAACAACAGCAUUAAUGACACACCUGUCACCAGUGCAUUGGGCAGUGAAGCAGCAUCUGCAAGCCUGCACAGAGGUCAGAGAGAGUCAAUAACUAGGGAAGAAGAAAUGAUAAGAAAUAUGAAAUUAGAUCAAGAGGCUGCCUCUGAUUUGACAUCAGUUGAACAACAUUUGGAAGUGAUAAUCAAGACAAAUCUUGCCAACAUUGAUAUAUUAGAAGAGGAUAAAUGCAAUUUAGUUGCUCAGUACAUUGAGUCUGAAGUUGUGAAUGCAAAGGAUGAAGAAUGUAUAAGCAAGACUGAUGACUUACCCACAAUACCCGCACCUGCCAAAGAAGUGAGAUGGGAAAUAGAAGAAAAACAUGAGAAAUACCUCAAUUAUGAAGAACAAAUUCAUGAGAGAAGUAUCACAGACAACACCAUGGAUAAUGAAACCCUUGAAGAAGACAAGAAUAUUGAGGAGGUUGAAAGAGCUCUUGUGAGGAUGUCUGAAGAACAAAGUCACGAGGGUACCACUAAAACAGGAAUCAUUGAGAACGAGAAACUGGAGGUUGCAUUAUCUGCUUCCCAAAAUUUUGAUGAAGAGAAAACAAGCAAAAUAGCUUUUUUAUCAGAGGGCAAUGAGCACAGCUGUGAAGCAGGGAAAGUACGCAAAAAAGCAACUUGUAUGCUCUUAAAGGAAGCCAAAUCUAUUGUUGAAGCAGCAUCUGGAACAAGCUUGCAGUCUGAAGUGGGGGCUGACGAGCUAAAUGAGGAUCAGACAUCAGUCUUUAACCGAAAAUUUGAAAGCCUGGACCCUGAGAAAAAUCAAGAAGAAGAGACACCAACAAGAGAAAGAGCUUCAGAUGCAUGCAUUGGAGCACCCCACAACUUGGUGUCUGUGGAACCUACAAUGGACGCUAGAGCUGAGAAUAUGGUAGACCUAACUAUAGAAGAAUGGAAAGCAGCCAAAAUAAUGGACAAAGAGGUUAAAGACUCUGUUUUGGCAUAUCAUGAAAACUCUGAAACAACAGCUGAAACAAAAUCCAGUAAAAAUGGGCCGAAGGAUGAUGCUUUGACAGUAAAAAAGAAUUCAGUUGAACAAAACAUGCAAAAGGAUGUCUAUUGGAUAGGUUCAGAAGACCAUAUUCAUGAUGCCACAGAGGAUCAUGAAACAACAAAAUGUGUUGCACGAGAGAACAGAAACAAAGAAAAGAUGGAAGACAGAAAAAUGUUACAGUCAAAGAAAAUGGAAGAUGAGAAACAAAAGGAAAGAAAAGAAAUACAGGAAGACAUGGAAAUUUCUGAAACAAUUUACCCCAGUAAAUGCAACAAUGAGAGUUUAGAAGAGAAGGGGACUUUAAAUAAAGGUUCGGAGAAAGAGAUAUUGGAGGUUGUGGAACCUGAAAAAGCUCUCAUUGCCUUUAAAAUAAUGGAAGAGAGUGAAUUUAUAGACAGGUUUGUAUCAAACAAAGAAGAGCCAGAAGUUGAAAGAAGUUUACAGGCAAAGGAAAUGAAAGAUGAGAAACAAGAGGAAGAGAAUAAAAUACAAUCAAAGGAGAAAAUCUCUGAAGCAGAUGACACCAGCAAAUGCAACAAGGAGAGUUCAGAAGAGAAGAGAAUUUCUGAGAGGGGUGCAAAGAAACAGAAAGCGGAUGAUGUGGAGCUUGAAAAUCUCCAGAAUGUGGUUCCUGAGGAGCUUGAAGUAGCAUAUCAAACUGAAAACAUUAAUAGUGAUGGACAAGAAAAAGAGGUUACUGAUGAUAGCCUUAAGGCAGACUUUCAUAAAAAAGAAGACCAGGCACUUGAAGAUAUAGUAAUUGAAUUGGAUGUCGUCGAUCAUAGUAAUGAGCCAAAACAUGAUUCUGAUGCUACAGAAGGUGUCCUUGAACAAGAAAAGAUCCUAGAAGUAGUGAAUUUCAGUGCAACAAAAAAGGACCAAAUAAAGAUGUUUGGCAGUUCAUCCAUCAAGAGUGAUCUGGUAGAAGAAAUCAAAGAUGUAGAACCAUCAGGAUCUCACCUACAGAAGGAGAGUGUGGAACCUAAGGCCCUUGAAACUGAGGAGAAAUUUGAAAGCAUCAGCUUUGAGGAAGAACCCAAGAAAAAUGAAAAGUUGGGUGUGGGGUCACAGAAUGAUGCAAACGAAGCAAUACAGGUUGAAGAAGUGUCAAACAUGGUGUUUGACAGACUACCGAUAGCUGGCUCAAGUGAGAAAACUGAAACAAAGAUCACAUCAGAAGAUGUUGAAGCUCCUGAUGUUGCCCAUGUAACAGACAAACCUUUCCACGAACAGAUUCAAGGAGACAAGAACAAAACUGAGAUAAAGAAACCAGAAACCAAAUGGGAGCUUGAGGAAACUGAUACCAUAGUGAAUGAAAUCCUAAAUGAUAAGGUAAAGGAACCUGGUUAUAUGCCAUCAAAAAAGAACCAUGCGAAGAUGGAAUUGCCUGAGAAGAUGGAUACCACAUCACCAGUCGAUGAGGAGGAGCCAACAAAGAAUGCUGAAUUUUCAUCAAUUAAAGCAUCAAGCAGUGAAAUCAUGCAGGAUGUCGGUGAGAACCUUGAUAAGGAAUCUGUGCCCAAAGAAUCCACUCAGAUAGAUGCUAAGACCAAGGCUAUGGGUCUUGAAUUUACAAAUAAUAUGAUGAAUGAUGAAGAAGGCCCAAUUGAAAUUGAGAAGUUUGAGCACAUAUCCACCAAUUCAGUAUCUGUAGACAGGACAUGUAACAAAAACAGUAUAACCUCUGAUGCUAAUGAUAAAGGUGAAGAGGCCAUAGACCAAGAAGACAGAGAGAAGCUAGAAGAAGCUUCAAACUCGGUGUCCGAUGAAAAGGUCAAUGAGUGGGAUGAUUCCUUGGCUGCAUUCAUAGAGGAUAAGGAUAACUCACAAAACACACCUAUCAAACAAGCAACAGAAGUGGCCACAUCAGCAGAAGAAAAGGAAAUGAUAUGGCAGACAGAAGGGGAAACUCAUGAAAAAGUUAGAGAUUUUGGUAAUUCAGAAAAUGAGGAAAACCAACAGACUAACCAAGAUGAUUUGCCUGUAUCACGUUUUUUAAUGAACCGAAUCAUGCAGGAAGAAGGUGAUAAGCUGGCGGAAGCCUGCGACGUGAAGUGUGAAGAUCAGCUACAAGUAAACAUUCAUGAUCAGAAAAAUGAUGUCAACAUCUUAAAACAAGAAAGAAAUUCAGACUCAUUGUCUGUUGAACAGGUAAAAUAUGACACAAGCAGAUCUGAAGGCAAAGUAGAGGAUUUAAUAAAAAAUGAUGGCAGCUCCGAUUUGGUGCAACAGAACCAUGAUUUAAAGAAAGAUACAGAAAAUGCAACAUUAAAGGAUGAUGAAAGCCCAGACAGAAAUCUUCUUGACACAUCUCUAACAUUGACAGCUGGUGAAGAUGUGAAGGAUGAACUUUCACAUUUAUUUGAUAAAGAAUUGACUAACGCCGUUUCAGAUAAUAACAUGGAAGUGGUAUCGGCAGAGGGACAUAGUCCAGAAAGUAAAGUGGAUGUUGAGGAGUUGAAAAAACUAGAUAAUAUAAUUCCAAUACCUGCUCCUGAAAUGAUAACGGAAAGCAUUAUCCAAAAUGAUGAUGAAAGCCUAAAGAAAAACAGUGAUGUUGCAACUGUUAUUAAGGCUUUUGAAGAGGAAACUUUAAAGAAAGAGGGUGGAAAAGAAAGUCCAGAAAUUUCUCAGGACAUUGCAGAGAAUGACCAAGCUUCCUAUGCGAUACCUGAGGAGCAGACUCCUUCAGUCGCUGAACCAGUUGGAAAUGCAAAGGGUGAAAUUCAGAUUAAAGAAACUGUAUCAAAUGGUGAUCAACCUGAAAAGUCCUUUCAGUCUUCUAGCAUUGAAAACAGUAUACUUGGAGAAGCUUUAGAAACUCAGUCAGGAGGUAUAAAAGUCAAGACUGGAAAAGAGAAUCAAGAUGGAACUGCAGAAAGCCAAAUGAAAGAUGUGAAAAAUAACCUAAGUGAAGAAUUAAAAGUAUCUGAUCCACAUAAGGUCCAGCAAACUGAGCCCAUAGUGGAACAUUCCGAAGAAACAAUCCAGACAGGUGAAAGGAUUUUGGCAGAAAGAAGCCCAACAGUCAGUGCAGAUGAAAAGCAUGCUAAAGAGAUAGCAGAUGCCCAUAUGAAGGAAGAGAAAAAUGGUGAAGAGAAAGAUGAAAAGGAAGAGGAAGAUGAAAAUAAAACUGAGGAAUCAGGCCACGAUGCAGCAGUAGUUGUGGAAGCUAAAGAUGCAGAUGUGAAACCAGCACACAAGAAAUCACACAAUAUUUUAUCAGGUGUUGGAUCAAAGGUCAAACAUUCAAUUGCAAAAGUGAAGAAGGCCAUAACAGGUAAAUCUUCACACUCAAAGACACUUUCCUGAAGAUAAGAAAAGGUAGGCUAAUAGAUUAUGAGCGUGUGUCAUGAUACUUUGUUGGUUUUCUUUUAGCAAGCUUUUGUUAUGACGUUAGCAAGAAAGUGGAAUUGAAUGAUCUUCAUCAUCUAUAUAGCCCCUGAUGCUUGUAUAAUUCCUUUUCUGUGGGGGUACUCGUAACAGUCAGAGACUGUUGAUCUUUUAUUUUGGAUCAUAAUGUGAUUAAGUCUAGAGUGCCACUUGACAUGUGUGAAUAUGUACACUAUAUUAUCUGUUGUUAUAUUCCAUCUGUUUGAAUGAGAUCAGUUUGCUAGGAUAUUGCAUAA